GAUUUUAUGGGUGGAUUAAUUGACCACAUAGAUGCAGCGACUGGUGCCAAUGCAUUGGAUAUUGCACCAAAUGCUAUACCAGCAGAUGUGGAUUUGAUUGCGAGCAGGGAAUGGCAUGAUUCUUGGCCAAAUUCCGAAAGUGCUACGUUACCGCAUCUCGACAGCGAUACAAUCGCAAAUGUAUUGCAAUAA